UAUUCUAAAAUGCGCCAUGUGCGUACAGCGCACCCUCCUUAUCUGAUAUCCCUUUUUCUGCCUUUCACUGACCCAGAAGCAGUAGCUGAAAAAAUGGCAUCGUCUUCUACUUCUUCUUCGCUUACAUCAAAUUUAGUUUCAUCCCCAUUUUACCCUUCAUCAUUCUCCAAAUCCCCAUCAUUGCCCCUCCUCUCAUUCUCUCAAACCCUCAAGCCUUUCCCUAACAACUCAAAACUGGUCUCCAGAGCACACAGCAACCCAACAACAGCAGUCAAGGCCCAAACUGUAGACUUCGCCAGCUCGUUUUAUGAAGGCGGGAUCGGGUCUGACGAUGAACCGGAUUCUCCAAUUGGGUCGGGUACUAUGACUGCUGUCGAGGAGAAGGAGACGCCUCCCUGCCCACCCGGGCUUCGACAGUAUGAGACUAUGGCUGUUUUGAGACCCGACAUGUCGGAGGAUGAAAGACUCGCUCUUACACAGAAGUACGAGGAGUUGCUUGUUGCUGGUGGUGGCAUGUAUGUAGAGGUAUUCAACAGAGGGGUCGUUCCACUAGCUUACAGCAUCAAGAAAAAAAACAAAGCUGGGGAGUCUAACACUUAUUUGGAUGGUAUUUACCUUCUCUUUACCUACUUCACAAAACCUGAGUCCAUUGGAAUUCUUGAGCAAACUCUGAACACAGAUGAUGAUGUUAUCCGAUCAUCCACUUUCAAAGUGAGAAAGAGAAAGUAUUAGUGCUGGUCAGUUUCAAUCUUUUGUGCAGUACGAUGGAGGAACAUGGUUAGGAGAGAAUGAGUUAUAGCGGCAAUGUAAUCUUGUUUGUUAUAAUCUUGAUUCUAAUGAUUGAGAUUUAUUUUGUUUAAUUAUAUCCAUAAUGACAAGAUUAGAAAUCAUGCGGGUGCUAGGAAUGUGGACUGCCUCAACAGUGCAAGCAGUAUUGUAUUGUAUGCGAAUUUAACAACUCAUGAAGGCCAUGUUUAUCCUUGCUUUGAUUGC